UGUUUGCGCCAAUUGAUAUACCAUAUUAAUUGCAUCCUAGGAAAAACUACUCUCUUGGGUCUCUGAAUGAAUCCCCAUGACGCGUCACCUCCUACUGAACCAGCAAACUGCACAGAGCAUGCCCAGAUCUUUGCAUCGGUUGCUAGAAUUUUCGAAAAUGCCAGGUACUUAUGAUGCUGUUAGACUUCCAAUCCACGACCAAAUCGCUGAACUCCAGAGGAAAAUUCAGCUGCUUGAGGGAGACAGAACUGCAUACUAUGAAAGUUCUCAGUCCUCCAUCAAAAAGAACCGGGAAACCGUUCUCCAGUUGAGGCAAGACAACAAAAGGCUUCACAGGAAACUUGCAGAAGCCCUUGCAGGAGAUGAGCAAGUGAUAAAAGAAGCUUUCCAAACCCGAGGAACAGAGAAAGCUGCCUACCGCAAUAUGUCUGGGAAGGAGGCGCUCAAGGUACUGGACCAGAAAGUGUGUGAUAAGAUGAAGAAGCUGAAUGCGCUUAAACACACCACACAAACGCAGCGCAAGCGUCUGGAGGACCUGCGUCUGCAGCACCAGAGCCUGCAGCCCGAGAGCAAGCGCUCUCAGAGUGGGACGCAGAGGAAGAGAGAGGACCAGGAGAAGAAUGAAGGGGAUUCCGUUGAGAUACAUCCCCAAAAGAACUUGCGGAUGCUUGAGAACCGUCUGGAGAAGGCCCAGCUGAAGUGUCAGGAAGCUGAAUAUAUCAUGCGGGGCUACCUGAAACUCAAAACCCACCUGCAGGAGGAGAGUCUGACCUUCCAGUCCCAGCUGGACGGCCUGGAGGCCGAGAUCAGGAGACAGAAGCAGGAGCUGCAGGAUCUGCAGGUCAUGAACAACGACGCAGUCCUGUCCAAGGAGACCGCCAAGGAGGAGCUGCAGCGGCAGGAGGAGCAGGUGUAUCGGGAGCGCAGGGAGAGGGAGCGCAUCCUGUCCUUCUACAAGAAACAGGCGGAGGAGCGCAGGGCCCAGGCAGAGAAAGUGGAGAGGAGGGCCCAGCGCACGGCCAUGCACCCAGACGAGCUGAGCAGCGAGGCCCAGCGCAGCACCACGGGGAUCGGGGAGGAGGAGCGCGCCAUCUCCACGUUCGAGGAGGCCUUCCGCCGCAUCAGAGAGGCCACCGGGGUCACCGACACUCGGGAGGUGGUGGAGAGGUUCAUCACCCAGGGAGACACCCAGAAGCACCUGCAGGAGCUGAAGGAGGAGAACGAGAGCAUCCUGCUGCAGCUCAAGCAGGACAGAGACCAGCUCCAGAAGCACUUCCAGGACACCAAGUACUCUGGAGAGGCCAAGCUGUCCAGUGAGCAGCAGCUGCUGGCGGAGUGUCAGCGCCACCUGGAGGCGGAGGAGCAGAGGCGCGAGGCGGCCAAAGAGCACCUGGAUUGGCUCAACCGCACCCUCAACACGGUGCGCGCUGGUGUGGAGCAUCUGAGUGACAAGCUGCAGCACAUCCAGCUGGCGGAGGGCGAGCGGCCGCUGCUGGACGGCAGCUCAGAGGACUACGUGCUGGAGCUGCUGACCCGGGCAGAGCACAAGCUGCUGCUGCUACAGGAGGAGCUGCAGGGCAAAGACCUGGCAACCCUCACCAAAGAGAUGGAGGAGGAGGACUUUUAUGCCAGCAUCGAAGGGAAGCUGCCGAACUACAACACGCGCAUCCAGCUGCCUGAAACCCAGCGACAGGAUCCUUAUGACGAAGAGGAGGACAGCGGGAACGACGAGAGUGACAUCAUCACGCGCACCACGCUCAAGCGCCAGUCCCAGAUCAUCGUGGACUCCAAGACCAAGAGGAAGCCGCGGCCCAAGAAGAAGAAGGGCAAGCUCUGAUCCCAGGUCCUUUACGGCCCCGUGGUUUGCAUGACGGCCCCGCCAGCGCUCAGACACAGAUCUGAUCUCACGUCCCUUCCUCCUCCACACAGAGGGGCUCUUUAUUUCACAUAACAGCAGUAACUCCACUGAGUGUGACGCAAUGAAGUAGAACGGCACUUUGUUUCCUUAGAACAGAUGUAUGUAUGCUGGGCCUAGACCUAGACAUGUCAUAUUUUCACUGCAGUGUCAUGGCACAGUCUUUUGCACCUCAAUCACACGCACCUAUUGACUGUAUCUCCACAAGCCACUGUACUGUAUAUGCUAUAUGCCUCCUCAUGAUCACCUGCACAUGACAACACUGAAUAAAU